GUUGGCGGGAGAUUCGAAGUCCUGUACCGCCCUCUUUGCACUGUGUACUAGGCCCAUUGCGUGAGCUUGUUGCUGCAGACAAUAACAUGAAUACAAACUUAUUUUUCGAGUUGGUUUAAAUUGUUAUUGUUCAUUUGUAAUAUAUUUCAUUUUUAACAGUUAGGUAGACAUGACGACUCAGUCCUACCUGCCGGUGCCACCCGGCGUUGGAAUGGAGGAAAACUUCCUGUCUCUAGAUGAUAUUUUGCUGUCUCAAGAGAAGCUGCCGACCAGAGCGGAGUGCGCUUUCCCCCGACUGGGCUUCGUGGAGAAAACCAGUGAUACCCGCGACAUCCCUGAGGGAACAAAGAUGGAGAUGCCCCUGUGGUUGUCAAAGGGUCUGUAUGAUAACAAGCGACGCCUGGUGUCUGUAGAGCACCCCAAGAUUUACCGGCAGGGCUGGAGAACAGUGUUUAGUGCCGACCCCAAUGUGGUGGACCUUCACAAGAUGGGCCCCUACUACUAUGGUUUGGGGUCCCAGUUACUGCACUUUGACAGCCCUGAGAACCCUGAGAUUGCACAAACUGUGUUACAGACGUACAUUGGACGUUUCCGGCGCAUUAUGGACUCCUCACAGAAUGCUUACAACGAGGACACGUCUACUCUGGUGGAGCGGCUCGAUGUCCUAGAGAGGUGUCUCUUCCGCACUGGACAAGCUGGCCUCAAUGACUUCCAGCGCUGGGAGAAAGGCCAAGCCUCCCAGAUCACUGCUUCCAACCUGGUGCAGAACUACAGGAAGAGGAAGUUCCAAGACCUGGAGGCCUGAGAACUGAUGGGGCUGCUUCUCAAACAAAGAAAGAACUUUGAGACGCAACAAGUAACGUCAGGCUGACAGGUCUACUGUUGGGCUCUCUGCGGGGGGGAAAAUGUGGGGUGAAAAAGUUCUCUUCUCGCUAUCUUGUAUCUUGUCAAUGUUAAAAGGAAAGUAAAACUAAAGUACAUGCUGGAUAUAGAUAAGAUGCUACUGGAAUAUUUUUAUAAAUGAAUGUGACCUGUUUUGAAAUAAGUUGCUAUGAAGUUUUCAUGUACCUUGUGUUAUUUCUUAAGGAGUAACGUGAACAAAUUAGUUUUGUGGUACUUUGUAGAAUGACCUAUAUUGUAAGAGCUAUAGACCAUGUCACUGCCACACUAUUCAGUGCUGAAUAAAGACAUGUUGGA